CCUCAAUAACUACCAAGACGCAAUUCCAACGACGAGCCAUCCAUCCCCUUCCCUACGAACCCAUCAACCCCUGUACCACUAAUACCUCACCUCCUAAUUCACCAUGGCCACACUCGAAGAUCUCGACGACAUCGAGAGGGAGCUGAAGAAUGACAAGAACGACGGAGACAAGGAUGGCGACAAGGACAAGAAGAAGCCCGAGCAGGGCGGCGACGCCGAGAUGAAGGACGCCGAGCCCGAGGAGGAGGACCCGAUAUUCGAGGAGAUAGAGGCGCUGUCGACACAGGAUAUUGACACGCGGAGGAAGCUCAUCGAGAACGAUACCCGGAUCAUGAGGAGCGAGUUCCAGCGCCUGUCGCACGAGAAGUCUAACAUGAACGAGAAGAUCAAGGAUAACCUGGAGAAGAUCGAGAAUAACAGGCAACUACCGUAUUUAGUGGGGAAUGUGGUUGAGCUUCUCGAUCUCGACCCGACGGAGGAGUCCAAGGAGGAGGGCGCGAACAUUGAUCUCGAUGCGACGAGGGUGGGGAAGUCGGCGGUGAUCAAGACGUCAACGCGGCAGACGAUAUUCCUCCCAUUGAUCGGGCUGGUCGACCCCGAGACGCUGAAACCGGGAGAUCUGAUUGGUGUGAACAAGGACUCAUAUCUCGUACUGGACACAUUACCUGCCGAGUAUGACAGCAGAGUCAAGGCUAUGGAGGUUGACGAGAAGCCAACGGAGAAGUACACAGAUGUCGGAGGGCUGAACAAGCAGAUUGAGGAGCUGGUGGAGGCCAUCGUCUGGCCCAUGAAGCAGUCAGAGCGCUUCAAGAAGAUCGGCAUCAAGGCACCAAAGGGUGCACUCAUGUACGGACCCCCCGGUACAGGAAAAACCCUCCUCGCCCGUGCCUGCGCCGCCCAAACCGACGCCACCUUCCUCAAGCUCGCCGGUCCGCAACUAGUGCAAAUGUUCAUCGGUGACGGCGCCAAGCUAGUCCGCGACUGCUUCGCCCUCGCCAAGGAGAAGGCCCCCGCAAUCAUCUUCAUCGACGAGCUCGACGCCAUCGGCACCAAGCGCUUCGACUCGGAAAAGAGCGGCGACCGCGAAGUCCAACGCACCAUGUUGGAACUCCUCAACCAGCUCGACGGCUUCGCCUCGGACGACCGCAUCAAAGUCCUCGCCGCCACCAACCGCAUCGACGUCCUCGACCCCGCCCUGCUGCGCUCAGGCCGUCUGGACCGCAAAAUCGAGUUCCCCCUCCCGAACGAGGAGGCGCGCGCGCAGAUCAUGCGCAUCCACAGCCGCAAGAUGACGGUGGACGAUGCGGUGAACUGGGCGGAGCUGGCGCGCAGCACGGACGAGUUUGGCGGCGCGCAGCUGAAGGCGGUGUGUGUGGAGGCGGGGAUGAUCGCGUUGAGGAAUGGGAGGAGCAGGAUUAGUCAUGAGCAUUAUGUUGAUGCGAUUGCGGAGGUGCAGAGUAAGAAGAAGGAGACGAUUGGGUUCUAUGCGUAGGUUUGGCGCUAUGGGGGGGCCGUGUACGAAUCAGAUAGGGAAUGGAGUCGGAAUGCGGUGAUUUUAUUAUGCCGCUGGCUUUUUUUUCGUGGAAAUGCAGUGCCUUUUCGCUGUGCUUUGAAAUCAAAGUCUAUAAGAACCAAGUUGUAUCUUGUACUUCUGGUUCGAUCGAAGGAAGGAGUCACAGGCCGAUGAGCUAUAUAAACAUCCCGCAGAGAAAGGAACAGGACCGAGAGUACAAUCCGGAUGCCGUUGGCGCAUCCGUUCCACGUCGAUGGGGUAUUAUUGUAUGCUAUGCUACACUAUCUCUACACAUCCUCUGAAAAUCUCGUACAAAUCUAUGCCCAUCUAUAUCCCCCGCCACCCCUAAACGCCAC